AUGUCCAGCCACUCUAGCUCCUUUACCUCCAGCUCGUACUCUUUCAGCUCCAGCAGCACCAACAACAACGGCCAGACGACAGGCACCACCCGUAUGACACAAUCCCACACAAACCCGGAUGGAACCACCGUCCGUACCACCUCACAGAAUGUCGGUGGUCCUUCGAUCGAAGAAACCAGACACUACGACAGCCAAGGCCGCGAACAGUUGGGCCUUCCCUCGGGCUCCGACAACAACCAGCGUCGUCUCCAAGACAUCGAGGUCGAAGAUGUGACCGAGGAGUCUGACGCCGACAAGAAGUACCGCGAGGCUAUGGAGGACGAGUAUGCUAAGCGCGAGGGCGGUGCCUGA